AAUGCGCGCACGCAUUUGGAGCAACACUUGCUAUUUGAUAAUUAUUCAGAACUUAGUCCCUUGUUAUUAAAUGGGUGAAAGGUUUAACAUAAUUAAAUUUUAUAAGUGGCUUAUAUUUUUAUUCAGUUUUAGUAAUUUGGAUAAAAUUUAAUUAUUAUUUUCAAACUGUGUAAUUUAAAUUCGCCUUAAAAGUAUUGAUUAUAUUUAUUGAAUUAUUUUAAUUAAUUAUUAAAAAUGAUGCACUUUAAAAUUAUUCCCGAGAAUUACGUGAAUAAAGACGCAAAAUGCGCCCAAAUAGCUCUAGGGUGCAGCAGGGCUGCCCAUCAAACUGCUCUCCGCGGCUCUAUCAAGCUCAACCCUCAGAUCGCAACAUUGACUCCCAAGGUACGAGCCUUUGUAGAGCGCAGCGCAGCGCUUUGUGAGCCCGAACAUGUGCAUGUAUGCGACGGUUCAGACGCCGAAGCGAGCGCGUUGCUGCAGCUCAUGCAGCAACAGGGAACUGUGAAGCCGUUGCCGAAAUAUGAGAACUGUUGGCUGACGAGGACAGACCCAGCUGACGUGGCGCGUGUGGAGUCCCGUACUUUUAUUUGUUCGGAACGCGAACGCGAUGUGGUCCCAAUAGCCAGAGCUGGUCAAAAAUCAGCCCUGGGUAACUACAUCACACCCGCUGAUUACGACAAAGCUGUUACUGAUAGAUUCCCUGGAUGCAUGCGCGGUCGAACCAUGUACGUGAUACCAUUCUCAAUGGGACCGGUGGGCUCUCCCCUAUCCAAAAUCGGCGUGGAGGUUACGGAUUCGCCUUACGUCGUCUACUCCAUGCGAGUUAUGACCAGAAUGGGUAACAAAGUACUGGAAGCUCUUCGUAAGGAUGAGAACUUCGUCCGUUGCUUGCACUCAGUUGGCCGCACCAGUAAUCCCAGCACCACCGGCUGGCAUUGUGAUCCACCACGCACCAUCAUCCUGCACAGGCCCACGGAUAACGAGAUCAUCAGCUACGGUAGUGGUUACGGAGGUAACAGUCUCCUCGGCAAAAAAUGUUUCGCUCUACGACUUGGAUCCGUAUUGGCGAGACGUGAAGGAUGGCUCGCUGAGCAUAUGCUGAUCGUAGGAAUAACUGACCCUAAAGGCCGUAAACGUUAUAUCGCAGCUGCUUUCCCCUCUGCCUGCGGGAAGACCAAUCUCGCCAUGAUGACGCCCAGCCUCCCCGGGUACAAAGUGGAGUGUGUGGGAGAUGACAUUGCUUGGAUGAAAUUCGACAAAAAUGGCGUUUUGAGGGCCAUCAACCCUGAGAAUGGUUUCUUUGGUGUAGCACCAGGUACAUCCGAGGCCACAAACCCCAUCGCCAUGGCAUCGGUGUUCCGCAACACAGUGUUCACGAAUGUGGCGGAGACGUCUGAAGGCGGCGUGUGGUGGGAAGGAAUGGGAGCGGCACCCGAGAACGUCGUGGACUGGAAAGGAAAGCCCUGGAACGCUGCCGCGGGUACCCCAGCUGCGCAUCCUAACUCAAGAUUCUGCACACCCGCACAACAGUGCCCCAUUAUAGACGAGCAGUGGGAGAGUGCAGAAGGAGUACCCAUUUCCGCUAUCUUAUUUGGGGGUAGGCGACCUCAGGGAGUUCCCUUAGUGGUUGAAGCGAGGGACUGGCAACAUGGUGUCUUCAUGGGAGCUACCAUGCGAUCUGAAGCCACUGCAGCUGCAGAACACGCGGGUAAAGUGAUAAUGCACGAUCCAUUCGCAAUGAGGCCAUUCUUCGGAUACAACUUUGGGGAAUAUCUCCGCCACUGGCUGUCCAUGCCUCAGGAAGGGAGGACAAUGCCGAAGAUCUUCCACGUCAACUGGUUCAGGAAAAACGAACAGGGCCAAUUCCUCUGGCCGGGCUUCGGCGAAAACUCCCGCGUGCUGGAGUGGGUGCUGCGGCGCUGCGACGGCGAGGAGUGCGCGCGCGACGCGCCGCUCGGCCGCGUGCCGGCCGCGGGCGCGCUGCGCACCGACGGGCUCGCCAGCCUCGACCUCGAACAACUCUUCAGCACGCCCCGGGACUUCUGGAUGCAGGAGGCGGAUUGCAUAGAAAAGUACUUCAAAGAAGAAGUAGGUGACGACCUUCCAAAUGAGAUGUGGGAUGAACUGAACAAGCUUAGGAAAAACUUUCAACAAUCGUAAACUUUGAUUGCCAAAGAUAUAAUUAUAAGCCUAGGAUAAGAAUUAAUUAUUUUCCAUAUGAUAUUUCUACGUUCUUGAAUAAAAUCAUUAAUAGUUUAAAGUAAAUUUAAAUUAUUAUAUGUAAACAUUGUAUUCUCCUGAUAACACAU